AGCGGCCUCCAGGCGGGGCUAGAGCGUAGCCUUCCGCCAGCGCAGCCUCGUGAGUGACCUUCUCGCGCCCACCGCAAUGCUGGCUGCGGCUGCUCGCCCCCUCCGGGGGAUCUGUUUGAGGUUCCGGGCCGCGGCCCUGCUCCAGACCAGGCUACCAUUAUUAGGUGUUUGUGCCCUGAGGCUAAUGAGAAGCAGCUGUCAUCAAAGAAGAAGUGAAACUCUGGCUGGAGCUGCUCUGGACAGUGCCCCCAAGGAGUACCCUCCUAAGAUUCAGCAGUUAGUACAGGACAUCGCUGGCCUCACUCUACUGGAAAUCUCUGAUCUCAACGAGUUAUUGAAGAAAACACUGAAAAUCCAGGAUGUGGGGCUGGUGCCAAUGGGUAGCAUGGUACCAGGUGCUGCUACUGCAAAGGUAGCCCCUGAGGCAGCAGAAGAGGAAGAGGUACCCAAGCAAAAAGAACGAACACAUUUCACUGUUCGACUGACAGAAGCCAAGCCUGUGGAUAAAGUGAAACUAAUCAAGGAAGUAAAGAAUUACGUCCAAGGCAUAAAUCUUGUCCAGGCAAAGAAGCUGGUAGAGUCCUUACCACAGGAAAUCAAAGCUAAUGUUGCCAAAUCAGAAGCAGAGAAGAUUAAAGCAGCCUUGGAAGCAGCUGGUGGCACUGUGAUUUUGGAGUAGGAAUUUGGGGUUCUGAAGGACUUGUGCAAAGUGGGGCUUACUCUAGUCCAGCCUGACCACUUGGGCAGUAGCCCCAUGUGUAUUACUGCCUGCAGACCCGAAAAGAUGAAUUUAACCAGUGUGGGUAGUUUGAGAACUUUUUCAGCUUUUCAGGGGAGGCCCAUCUGUCCCCGGCCCUUUUAAAAGGCUACUGUGAAGAAGGACUCUGUGAAACAUGAGAGUGGGGAACAAGUUUGUUCGAACAGUAGUCUAUGAGGAAAAUAUAUUAUUACCCAUACUUCCAGUGUGUUUAGAAUUGUGUGCUGAAGACCAGAGACAGGCAGCCAAGAAUUGGCACAGCAAUAUCUUAAACUACUGAAGUUGGAUGUUGUGGGGGAUAACUUAGGUUUGUAGGGUGGUCUGGGCCCUAAGUCUCCCUGCUUGUCCUCUUUGUUGUGGUGCCAGGUAAAUACUGUAUUUCUCAAGUCCUUAAAGAAAGGUACUUCCUUCAUUGUCA